AUGGUUGGUGAUAAAGAAAUUGAAGAAGAUCACUUCUAUACAGUAUUUCGUACUACACCUAUAAUAUCUACUCAUUUAAUAGCAACAGCAGUCGUACCAACAGAGUAUAUCGAUUAUCAAUAUACUUCUCUUCAUACACGUCUUACUAUUCACUACAGAGUGCAAGUAAACAACGAAAGUUUAUACGCAGUAUCUCUUAUAAAAGAUUUUUUGUCAUUUAUGAAAAAACACAAGAUAAAAAAUACCACAUUAGCUUCAUACGUGCAGUAUGUAGUACUUCCAAUAAACUCCACCAAUUACAAAACCAUAGUAACUACUGGACUUGUACUCUUCAGAGACGCUAAUAUUGCAUACAAUAGAGAAGUAGAUUCAAUUAUAAAACAAGCAACAGUUACAUGCUUGAUUGUACGCGGUGUGCUACAAGAAAUGUUCAGCGAAUGGUUAGUUACAUUGAAACAAUCUGAUUCUUGGUUCCUUGAAGAGUUUUUGACAUUUUACGGAGUUUAUUUAGUCGAUCAAAUUCUUCUAUAAGAAAAAUGUGUUAUACAACUCUAUUUUUGAAGAAGCCAUAAAAUUAUAUUCUAC